AUGCAAAUGAAAGUAUUAAUAAUGGAAAGUAAUAUUGAUAUUGACAUCUCCAAAGCCGCAAAGCUUUUAGAGGGUAGUAGCAAGGGAUACAUAGAUAUCAGCCACUCUACUCCAGAAGACGGAAUAGUGAUUUUAAGAAUCAUUGCACCUGGAAUUAGCGAGGAAAUGGCAGGAUGCAGCUCAAUGUCUCCCUUCAGCUCCAAUUCAUCAGAGUAUAAAGUCUACAAAAUGACUAGCAGUGUCAUUGAUCUUGACCAUAAGGACAUCACUUACUCAGACGGAGACUCGUACUCAGGCCAAGUCAAGGUCAGCACUGGGAAGGCACAUGGCUAUGGAGUGCGCAAGUGGAAGAAUGGUUGUAUAUACAAAGGAGAGUGGGUCGAUGGAGAUAAAGAGGGACAUGGAACUCAGAUUUGGGGGAAGGAAACUAAAUGGGCUGGAGAUCAGUAUGUUGGUCAAUGGCUGAAUGGAUUAAUGCAUGGUAAGGGAUUAUACACCUGGAAGAACGGAAACACUUACAAAGGAGAAUACAAAAACAAUCAAAGAAACGGCUAUGGGGUCUAUAAAUGGACUACUGGAGACCGCUAUGAAGGAUAUUGGGAAGACGACAACAUGAACGGUCUUGGAACUGUGUAUUAUGCUGACUGAAGUAGCUGGCAUGGAAUUUGGAAGGAUGGUGUCCAAGUCAAGAAGUUGGACAAGAAAUAA